UUAUUGUCACUCCUCUUCGUCACCAAAGCCAACCAUGGCUCUGCACUCGUACUGGAGAACCGUGCCCUUCUACGUCGACCCUUCUGGAACCCCUUCUCCGCACAAUUCCUCAUUUCUCUACCCUUCCCGCGCCAAACGGCACCGUUCCGCCUCUUGCUCUAUGCACGGCCAAAGCCCGCGCCACUCUUCUUCGCCAGUUACACCCAAUCCAUGUCACGGGUCGAACAAGCCCGUUAUUCUAGACUCGAGUUCGGAUCCCACGCCGGAGAAUGAGAAUACCCGUUCGGAUAAAGACCCGAACCGUUUGAGCCAAACCCGAAGUUGCAACUCUGUGUUCGGAUUCCGAAACCGGUGUCUGUGGCGGAAGAUUCUGUUCCCAUCGAGGAAAGUGAGAAACAUCAUUAUGCUGAAUGUCACCACUUUUAUUUACGCAAGUAACAUUCCAGUUGUCAAGGAGGUUCAGGCAGUUAUGAAUCCAGCAGCUUUCACAUUUGUGCGCUUUGCUCUUUCUGCCAUUCCUUUUAUCCCAUUUGUAGUGCGAGGAUGGGGAGAUUCUUUUACCAGAAAUUCUGGCAUAGAAUUGGGUAUCUGGGUCAGUCUGGGAUAUCUCAUGCAGGCACUUGGACUACAAACCUCUGAUGCUGGUCGUGCAUCAUUUUUAUCUAUGUUCACUGUAAUUGUGGUUCCGUUGCUUGAUGGCCUUCUUGGAGCAGCAGUUCCAAUCCGAACCUGGUUUGGAGCCCUGGUGUCGAUUGUAGGAGUUGGAAUGCUGGAAUCGAGUGGUGCAUCUCCACGUAUUGGAGAUCUUUUGAACUUUUUAAGUGCUGUGUCUUUUGGCAUUCAUAUGUUAAGAACUGAACAUUUGUCAAGAAGCAUAAAUAAGGAGAAGUUUCUGCCCCUCCUUGGAUAUGAGAUUUGCGUUGUUGUUUUGUUUUCUGCAAUAUGGUAUCUUCUUGGAAGUUACAUUAAUGGUUCCCAGCAUCCCUUACCAUCAUCUUGGACGUGGAAAAUGCUUAGAGACUGGAUGACUGGUUUUCCAUGGAUACCAGCAAUUUAUACAGGGAUAUUUUCAACUGGUUUAUGCUUGUGGGUUGAGUUGUCUGCAAUGUGUGAUGUAUCAGCUACAGAAACAGCUAUAAUUUAUGGUCUGGAGCCAGUUUGGGGUGCCGGUUUUGCAUGGUUUCUUCUUGGUGAAAGGUGGGGUCUCACUGGAUGGGUUGGUGCUGCCCUUGUGCUAGGGGGAAGCUUAACAGUGCAGAUAUUUGGAAGCUCAAGUGUUUCGGAUAAAGAACAAAAACAAAGUAAGAAAGUUGGCAGCCUAACUAUUUCUGACAAAAAGAAUGCUUUGUCUACGUCCACGGUAAUGGUUAGAUCCAGGACGGAUGUCUCUGAUUUUUUCAAGUAGUAUCCUUCCUUUCAUCGCUUCAUCUAUAUAUUCUUAGCUGACUUUAAUCAUCCCAUCAUGACCUAGCUAUAAUCAUUUAACAUAAUUAUGUAAUUAUUCUUAAGUGUAAUGUUCUAAUUUUUAAAGCUGAUAAUGAAAAUCAGAAUAAAAGGUCUGGGUAAAGAUUAUAUAUAUA